GCGUUCGCCUCCUACAGUAACUUUGUUUGACUGGCGUUUCUUCCUUCAUUUUAGAAGGACUGUUUAUGGAUAGUGUAGGGGAGGUGCUCCCUACCAGUAUGGAGACUGAAAGAGUUCAGGAAGAGGGGGAUGGUCGUGCUCAAGUGCCAAGCGAUUCCUGCAUGGAGGAGGAAAGAGUUCGGGAGGUGAUAAGAGCUUGUUAUGAGGAGGGAAUCUUACUGACCAAUAUUGAUCCUGGAGUAAUGGAAGUGAAUGGUAGAGAAGUCAAAUUUGUUUUGAACUCUGCCCUUGACGAAAUAAAAGUCAAAUGGCUAAAAGAAAGAACAGUGACAGUGAUCUUUCGGGAUGGGGCUCGCUUCCUCCCGAAGAAAGUCAAAGAGGAUGUGGUUCGAGCCUAUGAGGAAGUUUGGAUUAGGGAUGAGGUGUUUGGUGCUGAAUUCAAGCGUGGACAAAUUAAAGUGGAGAGUCCAAACGUGAUUUCGUACAUACCAAGAUCUCAAGACAUCACGAACUGGAUGCUGAGAAAGAAGUCGGACUUCAUCGAUCUCGCAGGCACCACCUAUCGCACGGAAUUCAAGCCUUGGAUGACCCGUGCUGAAGUAAGGGAUUGGAGGCAAUUGAUCGAUAGAGACACGUUUUGGGUGGUAGCAGUUGGUGUGCCUCUCGAUGAGAUGCCUUUUUUGCAUGCUCAUAUCGAAGCUGGCGUUGGUCACAUCAUUAAGGUGCACAAACCGGAGGCAGACGAAGCAGAUCAUAAAUUAGUAAACCUCCGCUUUGAUAUUGAUCCAGCUAAGAAGUCUAAUAUGAAGGACAAGAUAUGUGUGCAAACUUAUCAAGGGGACGUACUCGAGAUCAGAUUGGCAUGUGCGGAUUCGGAGUGGAUGCCUAAAGGAGGUGCAGAUGCCAUUAAGCGGCACUUUGUGCAGGGCGAACCUGUGGGGGCUGCGGACAAGGGCAACUACAGAUGGAAGUGCGGGUACUGCGAACAUGAGGUCCCGGGCACUGCGAAUCGCUGCGCUAAGCACUUUAUGUCGACGACGAAGGGGCCAAGAUGUAACAUGGCGAGGGUGAGCGGUAGACCGUCGGCGGAGGAGAAAGAGAGGAGAGAGUUGGGCCAAUUUGAGGCUAUUGCUCAGGUUUUGGAAAAGCAGCAAGCGCAUGAGGAUGUUAACGAAUUUGACGAAUGUCGUUCAGACGAGAGGAGCAUGGACGAGCAGGCUGUGGGGGAGGAGGAUGAGUGCAAUUUUCAUAUGCUCGACCGACGAAAAAAGCAACGCAAUGCACUGGUUGCCACGGUCAGUCAUGAUGCUCGCUGGAAGCCGACCGUGGUACCUCGGGCGCAGCGCGACACAUUGUACAAGAUGGAGGAGAUUGUCUUUAAUGGAGCGGGCUUUUGGGAGCGCGUCAACAAAGUCAUCUCCGCUGUCUAUGACAGUGUCCUGCUGCUGAAGGUGGUGGAUGGCACUGGACCCACUGUCAGCAAAGUGUAUGUGAAGAUGGAUAAGGUGGUGGAAAGAUUGCCGGCCAAUUCAAAAUUGAAAAAGGAUGAGCGGGAGGACAUCGAGGAAAUGGUCAUGCGCCGAUGGAAUGCUAUGACCACACCGCUGCAUUGUGCAAACAUUAUUCUUGAAUCCGGAAACAUUGGGAAGUUUUCUACGGAGAAGGUGAUGGAAGCGGCACGGAAGCAGAACCCUGCAGCAUGGUGGCUUCGGUGGUGUACCGAGUUACGGUACUUGCAGCCACAUGCCAUUCGCCUUCUUGGCCAGGGAACAACUGCCUCGGGUUGCGAGAGAAAUUGGAGUCUCUUCGAGGUGAUCCACACGCGCCUACGUAACGGCUUGGCCCCCGAAACAAUGCAGAAAUUAGUGUACUGCAGGUGGAAUAUGUACCUGCUUGACACCUUGCAUCAGAUGCCCGAGAUGGGCCAAGAUGUGAUUGACUGGGAUGACCCGCCAACCGAGGAAGAGCAGAAGGAGCAAGCUGAGCGGGCAAAGCUCGCUGACGGCAAAUUGAAGCGGAUUGAGUCCAGUGGGGAGGAUGCUGCUCCACCUGCUGAUGAAGGGGGUGAAGAAGGUGGUGACGAGGCAGCUGAUCAUCGCCGUGAGCCAUGCGAAUUGAAUGCCAUUGAGAAUGGGCAAGAGGACUGGAGAGAACUAAUGAAGGCAGGCAUGUAUAUGGCCUCCCGUCCGCAAAGACAAGCGGGCAAGAAGGCACGGUCCUUGGGAACAGCGGAGCAUAUGCGCAAGCAUAUGAAGGGAGGUGGUGGAGCAAAUCCUCGUGGUGCAACAACAGCAGCGCAGGUUGUUCAGCAAGAAAAAUGCACAAGAGGCAGGCCACAAAAAAACAGUGUGGCCCCUGAGAAUGAAGAAGCUUCAAAUGUGGCUGCUAUAGAGGAACAGGGCACCAAAAGCCAAUCAGAUGCAGAGGAGUGCAUCGGCAGAGAGGACGAGAAUGAAGGAGAGGGGGGUGGAGGUGGUGGAGCAAAUCCUUGUGGUGCUGCAACAGCAGCACAGGUUGUGGAGCAAGAAAAACGCCCAAGAGGCAGGAUGCAAAAAACCAACAUGGCCCCUGAGAAUGAAGAAGCUUCAAAUGUGGCUGCUAUAGAGGAACGGGGCACAAAAAGCCAAGCAGAUGAAGAGGAGUGCAAUGGCAGCGAGGAGGAGCACGAAGGAGAGGAGGGUGAAGACCACGGUCUUCAACGAAAGAGGCGUCGUGAUAGGGGACAAUCUGAAUAGGGCACUGAUGUCACUACAUCUGAAUAUGGCACAAGUGACGAAGAACGCCCUAUCAGUGAUAAAUGCCUAAAGGGGUG